AUGAUGACCGUGAAUCACUCGGUCGUAGUCGCCUGGGCGAUCUUCCUAGCAGGUAUCAAUACUGUAUUCGCCCAUAUCGGAUUAGAUCUCAAUUUCCUGUUCUACUUCAUGGCGGUAUGCACCUCAGGUAGUGUCUUCCCUAUAGGUCUAUUGAUGUGUUGGAAGAAACUCAACAGACUCGGUGCUAUCACUGGUGUAUUGGGUGGAUUGAUCGUAGGAUUCAUCGGAUGGUUGGUCUCAGCGGUCAAGUUGGAAGGCUCAAUCAAUACGACCACUUUAACAGCUAGUAAAGUGAUCUUAACCGGUUCAUUAUCAGCUUUGGGGGCAGGAGCAAUCUUGUCAAUUGGUAUAUCCUUGAUCAGACCCGCUUCUUUCGAUUUCGAGCUUACCAGAGCGAUUGGAUCGGGCCAUCUACCCAGACAAGAUACACCUCAAGUCGGCGGGUCGAGUGAGAAAAGUGGUGUAGUCGAUGCUCCCAACGCGGUAGACUACGAACCUGCUUUGGCAAAAGUAGAAGGCUCAGGGAGAAGUGCUGCUGCCGAUGCGGAGUACGCAGAGGAUGUGAUCAAGUUGGAAAAGUCGCAAACCAGGUUCAGGUUGAUCACAACCGGGUUCUUGCUGGUUAUUCUUGUUUUGAUACCCGCUCCUCUUGCUGGAACAGGCGCGGUAUACUCCAAAGGCCUCUUGACACUGCAAUGUGUUGCAGCAGCUGCGUUCGUUUUCUUAAGCGCGGUAGCUGUCAUCUUCUGGCCGCUCGUCGAGUCGUGGGGAGAGCUGCAAGUGGUCUUUGGUCGUAUCUUGCGUAAAGAGAGGGCAGAUGUGGUCAGACCAGAGCAGGAGUAG